CCCCCCCCCGGGUUCACACCCGGAGGGGACGGGAAAGGGUUUGUGGCCGUAUCCUGCCCGGGCAGGGCUCGACGGGGGCACGGCUGGGGUUGGGAUCAGAUCUCGUCCGCCACCGCGGGAAGGAGCCAGGCUGGCCGGACCGGUGUUUUGCCGCCUGGGGGGUGACACCCUUGCCGCCGCAGGCAGGACACCUUCGGGCUCCCCCGGCGCUUCCCAAAACCUCCCACAACCUGACCUACUUCCUCGGCCGACUGUGCCGGGAGGAGCCGCUGCGGGGCUCGGCCGAGCUGAUCCCGGCGGAUGCCCCAGUGCCGGGGGCUGGAUGCUGCGAGCUUCCCCCCACGGGGACAUCCAUGUCCCCCAUCCCUGUGCGCACCCGCUGGCACCGCAGGCAGCCCGGACCCUCCCCGAGGGUCCAUCGCUGCCGCCCUUUGUGGGGUGCCGAUGCCCAGAGCUGGUGCUGGGCUCACGGAGGGAGGUGACAGCGCAGGCCGGGAGCUGUCAGACAGUGCUGGUACCGGGCUUUUCUCUAAUUCUCCAUGGCAGCAGCACAGGGUCCUGUGACCUGUGAGCCCGACACCCGAGUCCUCAGCACCUACCUCUCCUCGGAGCCCGUCCGUGUCGUUGGCAGCAUGGGCAGCGUGGGCAGCCUGGUGGAGAAGCAGGAUCUGUCCCCCCUGGAGCUGCGGGCCCAGCUGGGGGGCUCGCGGGGGCUUCGGCAGCCCGACGGCUUGCUGCGGAAGGGGCCGAGCCAGCGGGAGCUCUUCGGCUACCUGCACGGGGCCAAGAAGGAGACGCGGUCAGAGCGGAAGCACCAGACGUCGGGCGCCUGCUACAAGCGGGACUAUGAGAGUGACCGUGAGAACCGGUCCCCCGAGCGCUGCUCCCGUGAGCAUCACCGUGGGGCCGACUUCUCCAAGAGCUCCCUGCCUGAGAGGGGCCGCUUCGACAAGUGCCGUAUCAGGCCCUCAGCCUUCAAGGCGGUAGCCGGGAAGGGGCUGGUCUCCAUGCAGGGCCUGUCCUCGUCCAAGGGGCAGAAGCUGUCCAAGAGCAACGGGAGCCUGCACACGCUGCUGUCGCAGAGCAGCACGGCGGCCUCGCAGCACGGCCCGCUCCGCACCCACCUGCUCCACGCCAUCAGCCUGGAUGAGGCCUCUGACUCCAGCCACAACUCCAUCCAGAGCUUCCCUUCCUAUGGCUCCCGCCUCAAGCCUGCCCAGAGCCAGUUCAGCGCCUCCAUGGGCCACAUCAACCAUAUCGGGGGCUCCUUGGACAGGGUCUCCCGGAGCCCCAGAGACCCCCUGGCCCCUGAGAAGGCGCCCCUGUCCUGCAAAAGCAUGGCCACGCUGAGCCGGCUGCAGAGCCCCGGGGAGCCCCCGCCACCCUAUGAGUUCACCUACUCGCUGGAGGACGCGGUGAAGCAGCUGGAGGACCGGCUGCAGGAGACGGGAGGAGAGCUGCGGCAGCUCAAGAGGAGCCUUAGCGAGACCGAAGACCCCUUCACGCAGGUGUUUGAGGACAAGCAGCGGCUGUGGCUGGACGAGCUGGAGGAUCUGAAGCAGAUGUACAUGGCCCGGCUGCAGCAGGUGACACAGCAGGCGCAGCGCGGGCAGCGGGCGCUGCAGCUGCAGCUCUACAAGGCACAGCAGGAGAAGAAGCGGCUGCAGGAGGAGCUGAGCAUGCAGCAGUGCCAGUGCGAGGAGCCCAAACUCCGGCAGUCUCAGGGCGAGCGCGUCAGCCCCAAGCUGGAGGAGACCAAGUGGGAGGUGUGCCAGAAGGCAGCGGAGAUCUCCCUGCUGAAGCAACAGCUCCGGGACACCCAGGAGGAGAUGGCUCAGAAGCUGGGUGAGAUCUUCAGCCUGAAGACACAGCUGCGGGAGGCCAAGGCGGAGGUCCAGGCCAGGGACUCCCAGCUGGCACAACUGGCAGACUCCUUCCAGAGCCCCCCGGAGCCUGGCGCCUCGCUGCCACUGGGCGACGACCCCAUGCCGGCGUGCCAGGACUUCCCUGGCUGCGAAACUGAUGACUCCAAGUGCCGGGGCCUUCACAGCGACACGGCGGAGCCCCUGGAGCGGCAGGUGGAGUGGCUGUGGGCAGAGCUGCUGCGGGAGCGGCGCCAGGGCCAGCUGCAGGCUGUGAACUUUGAGCUGGAGAGGAAAACCUGGCAGGAGGAGAAGGAGAAGGUGCUGCGGUACCAGCGGGAGCUCCAGGCCAGCUAUAUGGAGAUGUACCACCGGAGCCAGGCGCUGGAGCGGGAGCUGCGGCAGCUGCGGUCGGAGCCCAGGGACAUCGGGGCCGACUCGCCGUGGAUUGAGCGGGUGGAGUCCUCGAAGAUCUGAGCGGCAGGAUGCUGGUGGGACUGUGAAGGGGGAAGGUCUCUUGCUGCUGCAAUGGGACAAUCUCAGGGUCUGCACAAGGACCAGCCGCUCGGCACUGCCCUGGGGAGAAGGACUCACUGCGACAAGGGAGCUUUUCCUUCUUGCAGCUCUUCAGGACCUUCUGGGGGGGGGUGUCUCUGCAGAGUGGGGGGUCAUCUAUGCCAGGGUGGGGGUCUUGCAUGUGCCCCAUGCUCUGACUCCAGGAGCGUUUGCCCCACGAUUCCUUCUGCCAUGGGGGCAGAAACCAAGCGCCCUGUGAGACGUUCCCUGUCCCUCCUGCUCUGCCACCCCUGUUCCCUACAACCCAGUAACUUAGUGUCUUGCUAAGGAGAGGGUCAAGCCCUGUCCCCAACCCUGCUGCCUUGCUGUGGGGGUUCCAGCUGCUGCUCACAGUAGCUGCCCUGUCAGCUGGGUCCGGGAGCUGGUGGUGUGGCGGUGCCCUGUGGCUGCACCGGUCUGUGUUGGUGCCACUGGGAAGGCAGAGGAGAAAAGCCUGACAAGUGCUGGUACUGCUGGGAGAGGGGGCAGCUGCCUCAGCACCUCUGUUGGGGCUUUCCAUGUCACCAGUAUUGGGGUUGCUCUGCAAUGGAGGGUGGUCAAUGCAGCUUCCCUGUAGCGAGCCCUUGAGCUGAGAGGGGUGAGUGCCUUGUGCGAGGAGGGAUGGGAACCUGGUGCCCUGCAGCACUGGGAGGCCUUUGGGGAGGGGAAAGAGGACUGGGGCUUGUGGGCAGGGGGCUGGCAUGCUCCCCAAGCUGGGGAAGAGGCUGGGGUGUCCCAUCACCCCUCCCAGGGUGGGCAACGGGUAGCUGAGGAGCUGGGCCAGUGCUAGGGGAGACCUGGUCGAGAGGCGCUGGAAGGAGGCCGGCUCCACGCCUGUAACAGCAGAGCCACGUGAAGGCCGGGCCCAGCACAGCUCUCCUCGGCCUUUCCUGCAAUAAACCCGGAUUGCGUUCUUCUG